AUAUGGUUCUUGCAGAACUAGGAAAAUCAAUUAAUGCAGCACUUUAAAAACUCAAUAAAGCCCCUGUUGUAGAUGAGGCACUAGUAGACUAAAUAUUAGGUGAAAUAGCUAUGGCUUUAUUAAAAGCAGAUGUUAAUGCAAAAUUUAUAAAAAAAUUAAGAGAAGAUGUUAAGAUGGAAUUCAAACUAUGUGAGGAGGAGAAUAUUAAUCACUAAAAAUUGAUAUAGAAAGCAGUUGUAGACGGAUUAACAAGAAUGCUUGAAAGCGAUCGAAAACCAUUUUAACCUAAGAAGGGUAAUUGUAAUGAAAAUUAAAAUAGGAAAAUAAAAUGUUAUCAUGUUUGUUGGUUUAUAAGGUUCUGGUAAAACAACUACUUGUACUAAAUAUGCAUACUAUUACUAAAAGAAAGGUUGGAAAGUAGCCUUAGUUUGUGCUGACACAUUCAGAGCAGGAGCUUUUGAUUAAUUAAAAUAAAAUGCCACUAAAGUCAGAGUUCCAUUUUAUGGGUAUGAAUAAUUUCGAAGCUAGAUCUUACACUGAAGCUGAUCCUGUAUAGAUUGCAUAAGAGGGUGUUAAUGUGUUUAAGAAAGAAGCCUUUGAAAUAAUUAUAGUGGAUACAUCAGGAAGACACAAAUAGGAGAAUGACUUGUUUGAAGAAAUGAAGUAAGUAGAAGCUGCAGUAAAACCAGAUGACAUUGUCUUUGUUAUGGAUUCUUCAAUUGGUUAAGCUUGUUUUGAUUAAGCCUUGGCAUUUAAGAAAGCAGUUAAUGUCGGAUCUGUUAUUAUUACAAAGUUGGAUGGUCAUGCAAAAGGUGGUGGUGCUUUGUCAGCAGUAGCAGCUACAGAAUCUCCUAUUGUGUUCAUAGGAGAAGGUGAGCAUUUUGAUGAUUUGGAAUCUUUUGAAGCCUCCUCGUUUGUUAGAAGACUAUUAGGCUUAGGAGAUAUAAAUAAAUUAUUUUAAUCCGUUAAGGAUGUUGUGAAUAUGAGAGAUUAGCCAUAAUUGAUUUAAAAAUUAAAAGAGGGUAAAUUUUCAAUAAGGGAUUUGUAAACUUAAUUCAAUUCUGUACUUAAACUAGGAUCCUUAAAUCAAUUCAUGUCUGCUAUUCCAGGAAUGGGAAGUUCGGUUUUAUCAAAAGGAAAUGAAAAAGAAUCAAUCAAAAGAAUUCAAAGGUUUUUGUGCAUUAUGAACUCUAUGACAGCUGAAGAAUUAGAUGGUGAAGGUACAUAAUUAAACAAAUUUAGGCAAUUUAAAUUUUUGUAGAAUUGUUCGAAUUGCUAAAGGAUCAGGUACAUCAAUUGAAGAAGUUCACAUCUUAUUAGAUGAACACAAGAAAUUGUCUAAAGUAGUUGGAAAUUUAGCUAAAACUAAUUUAGGAGGAAAAAGUAUAUGAUAUUAGUAGUUUUAUAGGAGGAAAUGAAUUUGAAUAACUCAAAAGAAAUCCAUAAUAAAUGAUGUAAAAGAUGAAAGGGGCUAUUGAUCCAAGUAUGCUCUAAAAAUUAGGAGGAAUGGAUAAUGUUAUGAAUAUGAUGAAAUAAAUGGGUUAAAUGGAUGGAAUUUAAGAUUUGAUGAAAUAAAUGGGAGGAAUGGGAGGUAUGCCAGGAAAAGCAAAAAGAAGAUGA